AUGCAGUUGUCUGUCUGUCUUAAUGUGUUGCUGUUGUCCGUUGCGAUUGUGGUGACGUCUGCAGUGUACGACUACAAGCCACUGCGUCAGCCAAAAACGUACGAAUCCGAUUGCGUCAAACAAUGGUCCAAACUCAGCACCAGCAGCUCCGAUGGUUUGGACGAUCGAUCGAUUGUCAAGAGCAGCACGAGUGAGCUGCGAAUAAACUUGACGGUGAUGCUUAAAAGGUUCACGAGCGAUUACGUGGACUUCAAUACCCGGUCAUUUGAUGGACUGAUACCAGCUCCAACAAUCAAACUAUGUCCAGGUGACCGACUGGUUGUGACGCUCACUAACUCAUUAGAAGCUGGUAGAAACAACAACACCAACCUGCAUUUGCAUGGGGUGCACGUGCCACCAGUGGGUGAGGCGGAUAAUGUGAUACCUAUUGUCGAACCGGGUGGACAGCGCAGAUACACGUACGAUAUUCGUGCAGACCACCCGGCAGGAACGUUAUGGUACCAUCCGCACGCACACGGUAAUGUGAAUUCGCAGCUCAACGGAAUGAUGGCAGGGACGCUCAUUAUAGUAGAUCAACCGGCAGAUUUUCCGAUAGAAUUGGCUGCGAUGGAUGACCUCGUCAUGAUUUUACAAGCAAUUUGCGUCAAGGACUGUUUCAACAUGUUUGACAAUCUCAAAGACUCGAUUGAAAACAAGUACAGUUCUUCUAUGAAAGACAUGGAAACUACGAAUGAAGAAGAUGAACAAAAGGUUUGGCCCACAGAUCUUGAGAUUGUCGAGGAUGAUGCAGAUAUUCCGCUGAACGACACUUCACUACCUACAGUUUUUGUGAAUGGACAAUACUUGCCAUCGUUGGAUCUCGUUGUAAAGGAAUACAAGCGUCUGCGGUUUGUAAACGCUAUUCCAAAUAAUGUGGCUGAACUUGUGACUACUCGUGACAGCAGCUGCAAGCUGACUGUGCUCGCCAUGGACGGCAUUUACUUUGACAAACCUAAGGCGAAAGAAGUCAUUGUUAUUCCUCCAGGAGGUCGUGCUGAUGUGGCCAUCAUGUGUGCUGAGACUGGAGAAUUCUACCUUGAGACUGAUUGUGCAAGCUCGCGCAACAAACUGCUAGGUCUUGUGAACCAGCACCGAGUACCAUCUCAGCGCAUUGUGAAGCUCAAGGUAAUCAAGGAGGAUGACAAAUCUGAAGAAAGUGAAAGCUCCAUUGUAGCCACGCGUCUCCCACCAGUGCUGCCAAAGCGACCAGCAUAUCUGGAAGAUACAGUUGGGAGUGCCCCAGUUAUUGCAGAUAGCAACAAAUACAACUUUGAGUUUUCGGUGUGGAUGGAUAAAGAAAUCACGUACGGCGUCAACUAUCAGAAAUUCGAUAUGGCAAACAUCAAUCACUCGAUGCCUGUGAAUGAACUACAGCAAUGGGAACUCUCAGUCAAAGAUUACAGGAUGUCAGCGGGACAAAUGUGUGACCAUAAUGAUGGUUCCAGCAUGGAACGCCGGCUGACUAUGUCCAGUCAUUGCCACUCGAUGAGUCAUCCAUUUCAUAUACACGCGACGCAUUUUCAAGUGACGGACAUUCAUGAUGACACUGACCCGGAUGGGAUUUUGUUCAGCGUGGGUGAUUGGCGUGACACUCUGCCGCUCUAUCGUGGAGGAGUGCAAAUCCGCUUCAUGCCGCGCGACUAUAUGGUGGGAAAUAUUUUUGCACACUGCCACAUCGCUUCUCACGUUGACGCAGGCAUGGCACAACUCGUGACUGUGUACGAUCCGAGAACUCGCCCUCAGGAAGAUAGAAAAGAUGGAAAAGAGGACGAUAGCUCGAAUCCAGAGAGUGAACCGGACGACGACGACGAUGAAAGCGAAAGUGAUGAAAUCGAGAAAGAGAAACGAUAA